AUGCAAGUAGUCAUGAUGAAUAUCGCCACAAAAUGUUUGUUGGUUUUCAUGCUUGUAUUUGUACCCCAUAUAACUGGCGAAAAGGUAACUUGUUAUGAUCGUAGAAGCAAGUGUUUCUUGAAGCAAAUAGCAUGCCCGAAAGAAUGCCCGACAACAUCUCCUUUAAACCCGAAACAUAAAGCUUGUUAUCUGGAUUGUGCUUCCCCUAUAUGCAAGGCUCAAUGUAGAAAUAGGAAACCAAACUGCAACGGUCGUGGAGCAGCAUGCUUGGACCCGCGUUUUGUUGGGGGAGACGACAUUGUUUUCUACUUCCAUGGAAAGCGUAAUGAGCACUUCACUUUGGUUUCCGACAGCAACCUCCAAAUCAAUGCAAGAUUCAUCGGGCUAAGCCCAAUAGGCCGAUCCAGGGACUACACGUGGAUCCAGGCACUUGGAGUCCUGUUCAAUUCCAAUACAUUCUCAGUGGAGACCAUUAAAUCUGCUACAUGGGACAAUGAAGUUGACCACCUUAAGUUCACUUACAAAGGGGAAGAGUUACCGAUACAAAGUGGGUAUCCCGCGAUAUGGGAGUCUCUAAAAGGUGAGAUAAAGAUAGAGAGAACUUCGGAAAAGAAUAGUGUUCUUAUUACGCUUCAUGAAAUGGCGGAGAUUUCAAUCAAUGUAGUGCCUGUGACCGAAGAAGAUGAUCGAAUUCAUAAGUAUGGUAGACCUAAAGAUGACUGCUUUGCUCAUUUGGAAGUACAAUUCAAGUUCCAUGGUUUAUCACCACGAGUAGAAGGGUUGCUUGGAAGGACAUACCAGCCCGAGUUCAAGAAUCCAGCCAAACAAGGCGUUGCAAUGCCGGUUGUUGGUGGGGAAGACAAGUAUAGAACCGAAUCUCUAUUCUCUUCAAAAUGUAAUUCUUGUAUAUACUCUAAAGUUAAAGCUUCAAAUCGAGAGGUGAAGGUGAUAUGA